ACCACUUUAAACUUCCGGACAUCAACUUACCCUUUUCCAACGUGCGUAUCUACGAGGUAUUUAUAUAUAUCAUCUAGGUACUGCACAGGCUGCUUUUAUAUUAUUUAUUCCAGUAAAAUCAAUCAUACAGGGAAUUAACCUGCCGUACUGGCAGCAUGCGACGUGCCUCAAUGACCAAGCGUCAAGUAUGCUUUAUAGUAUGUAUCCUCCCUUGCGCAGCAGUAUACUACUGCCUAAAAUACACCCUGCGCGCCGUCGAAGAAACCCUCGAUGUCGUAUACAGCGCCCAACAACGCCACCGCAUUAAGACGCGCAAGCGUCCUAAAUCAAAGCCUCUAGCUGUAAUCCCGUCCGUGUCUAAGGGAACAUCCGCUUCCGCCCCCACCAAAACUUCCUUCCUACACUUGCCCCCGGAGAUCCGCCUCAUGAUAUACCGCCUGGUCCUCGGGGGCCCGGCCAUCAUGCAAGUCCGCCCCACGUACUCGGUGCGCGGCCCCCGCCCCAAGACAUGGGCGUCUAGACAGGGGAUCCGCGACGACGCAGACGAGCCGAGCAAGGCGCUCCGUCUAACCAUUGGUCUCGGCGGCUCGCCUCUGCGCCAACUAGUCUCGCCGCCGCGCGCCGGGUGCGUCGUCUACGGAUGCGUGUCGCAGCUGAUCUGCGGCGAAACGCACUACUUCGCCCUAACCCGGCACCGCCGCGACGAAACCGUGUACUACACGGACCUGAUGCGCACCAGCCGCGUCGUGUACGGAGAGGCUUUGGACUUGCUGUAUGCGGAACACACAAUUUCGCUGUUCGGCGUGGAAAUGGCGCGGUAUUUCUGCCGCAACGCUAGUCCGGAGGGCAUGAAGCGCAUACGCUUUGCGCAUGUGGCGCUUAUCAUCCCGUCUUCAAGUUGGAAUUCCCCGUUGCAGAAGAAGAAUGUUAAGGAUACUAUGAAAUUACUACGGGACUCGCUGCCGCAUUUAAGACAGCUGGAUGUCGAGGUAGCGGUGACGUGGGGGCAGCCGAAGAACGCGGGACGUUUCUGGAGCUGGUUGACGGGUGAUGGUGUGCUGGGGCAGUUUAGCGGGCUGGAGAAGUUUGUGCUGAAGGCGCCGGUGUAUUUGCCGUUUACGAGGCGGCCCUAUGGGAACUGGGCGGCGUGGACGCCGCAGUAUGAAUUGCUGGAGUCGUGGGAUGAUGGGGAGUAUCAGGCGUUGAAGGCGAGGGUAACGAGUUCGGAUGAGGCGGUGGCAUCCUCUUGAAUUAUUGUUUGGAUCUGGUAUCUUUGGCAUGCAUUACCCCUUACGAAUUAACAAUAAUGCGUUUAGAGGCGCUGUAUGCUGGAUCAUCACAUUAGAAGCCUACGCUAUCUAUUUGAGGAA